AUGUCGCAAAGGCAAAAAACUAAAGCUGCAAAGGCAGAUCGAGCCUCUUUCUUCCUGGCCAAGUCGGCGACACCGCACUCACGAGAAGGCCGCAGCCCGAUUGAAGAUGGCGGUGCCGCUCGCUCCGAGGAGGAUCCACCUCUAUCCCCAAUGUCCUCAGAUACAGGACCGGAGGACAGCCCGCUUACAACCCAGCAACUGAAACUAAUGCUGUCGGAACUCACUGACACCAUUCAGAGGAACAUGGCGACGCAGAUACAAACCCUCACCGCAGAUCUCAGGAAGGAGAUAAUAGAGGUGGGCCAGCGUACUGCCCAGAUAGAGAAGAGGAUGGAUGAUUUCGCUGAAGCACCCAACGGUCUCGCGGACAAGCUGCAAGAAUUAGACACCGUCCUACACGACCAUGCGGUCAAAAUGGCCGAUAUGGAGGACAGGUCGAGACGCAAUAAUUUGCGAAUACGCGGCAUCCCGGAAUCGGUGCUUAACCCAGCACUUAACACCUACCUGUUAGACUUCUUCCAACCGGAGAUUCAUCCAGACCAACUCAUCAUCGACCGAGCACAUAGGCUGAGAAGACCGAAACACCUCCCUAAUUCCACCGCGAGGGACGUGAUAGUCCGUGUCCACUUCUACCAUGCUAAGGAGAGGUUGGUUCGAGCAUCCCGCACACCAGGCAUGCCAGAUCCUUACCAGGACUUCACGGGCCUGUCGGCUGCAACCCUACAAUUCCGCAAAAGCCUGACCCCCCUCACGACAACACUACAAGCAAAAGGAAUUAUAUACCGCUGGGGAUACCCCGCAAAAUUGCUCAUCCAGUAUCAAGACUCGCUGCACGCCGUAAACUCGCUGCCGGCUGGCAAAGAAAAAUUUAAGCUGUGGGGACUCCCGGUUGCUAUAGUAAGCGACCACAACCAGGCAAAGAUACCUCGGAUGUCCCCUGCCUGA